AUGACCCCCAAGAGAUCCGUCGGCAGUUUCGUAGAAGAAGAUCUGGACGCUACAAACGUCGUCCACAUGAACUCGAACCUGCCGCCGCCGCCAUUCGCCAAUAUGUACGCGUGCGAAUCCUGUCGCGAGGACAUUGGCUCUCUGCUGUCCAAAGGCCGACACCACUGCCGCAACUGUGGCGGCUCGUUCUGCGCCAACUGCACGACCAGGACGAUCGUCGUGCCCUACCAAGCCUACCUGACACGAGGAGAACUGCGCGUGUGCGACGGCUGCUAUCACCGUAUCCAGAAUUUCCAGAGACAGGUGAAAAGCACGAGUGUCACGUGGAGUGGACUGCAGCCGCCGCCCAGCAGCGUGAUAGUCCGGGACUUUGAGCUGUUCGAGGACGAAGCGCCCGUGUCGAUCUUCAACUGCGCGCUGUUCCUCGAGACGACCCCGUUUUACGGACACCUGGUGCUGACACGCAAGCGCCUGUGCUUCCAGAGCUACGUCGACGGCAAGAAGCGUAAAGUCGCGUACGCACAGAUCGUGUCGCUUCUGAAGCCGCAGUUCUACUACAUCAACGGGCUGCAGGUCAAGACGAAGCGGAAGGAGACGUUCUUCCUGGCCGAGUUCAACGGCCUGCGCGAUACCUGUUUCCUCCGCCUCGACCAGCUGAUUCGAGCGUACCAGGAGGCGAGUAAGCGCAAAGAUUCGGGGCCAGGGAAGUCUCCCAGCUCCAAGGAACUGCGCAGACAAGCGCUGGACCGCAGACGCUCGUACAAGUUGAUUUCCGAGCAUAUCGUGAGCCACACAGACGACGGCAGGUCCACAGCGAGUGACGAAGAACCGUUCGAGCCGCUACCUCCAGACCCGCUGCUGGGGAAGAUGACGGUGCUGCUGGACUGCGAGCUGCGUGCUGACGUCAAAAGCGUCUUCGAUCUGCUGUGGAAUGAUGGUCCCGGGCAGGAAUUCUCGCACUCGAACAUGGAGAAGGCUCGAAACAUUGACAUCGACAUUGAGUCGUGGAAGCCUCUUGACAAGGCUGACGCUGUGACGGCUGCGGAGGUUCGCAAAGGGUUUGAGAUCUCCAAGGAGGACGACUACACGCUCUACCGCAUGGUGCGCUCGCAACACCCUCCCAAGACCUCGUUCCCUGGUCUCCCGCCCUACGCGGGAUGCACUCGAACCCAGCGAUUUCGUCUGGAUAAAAGCUCCAACGGCGGAGACAAGUGGGACCGCUUCGUCAUCACAGAGCUGAACCGGAUGAGCAAAAUCCCCUUCAGCGACUACUUUGAAGUGGAGAUGCGCUUCGUUUUCUCUCGGGACGGCAACAAUUACUGCCAUGUUCAAGCUGGUUUGGUGGUGAAUUUCCUCAAAGCCACGUGGUUCAAGUCGCAGAUUAACUCGUCGACGCGAUCCGAGUCUAAAGAGGCUCUGGAGUCGUGGGCGAAACAAGCGAUCGAGUUCCUGGAGUCUCAACGGAAUCGAGUCGUGCCGCUCUCUCCGACGCUCCGAGCGCUAUCUGCUGACAGUUUUAACGAGCUCGAGUCGGAACCAGGAAGUGCCGUUCAUCCAGUUCUCAAACGUGCUGCGUCGGCCCCACGGUCAUUGGUGCAGUGGCUACUGCUGGGGUUGCUGCUGUACGGACUUUUUCUCCUUCGCGGACAUCAGGCACAAACGCAGCAGCUCACUGAUGCGACUACAAAGUUACUAGAACACCUACAAGAGCAGCAGAGGUUCAUGCACGAACAAGCUCUGAAGCUACAACAAAGAUGCGAAGGUCCGUCUGUUGAAGCGGCUUUGGAGACGCUCCAAAGGUUCGUAGACACCUCAACAAAGUAA